GCAUAUAUUUAUAUCUAGCCUCUAUCGUCUCUAACUCAUUGAAAGAAGCAUCAAUCUAUCAAGCAAAAAUGUCAAGCACCAAUGGUCAACCUCAUGUACCCGGCGAGCCUACUAAAACCACCACCUCUGUCCUUGAGACUGCCACAUCUACUAUUCAAAAUUUUGGUCCUCUCAACAAAAUCCACCAACACCUUUGCGCGUUUCACUUUUACUCACACGACAUGACAAGGCAAGUGGAGGCACAUCACUAUUGUGGACACCAAAACGAGGAGAUGAGGCAGUGUCUUAUCUACGACAGCCCCGACAAGAAUGCCAAGCUUAUAGGUCUUGAGUACAUCAUAUCUGAGAACUUGUUCCUGACUCUACCGGACGAGGAGAAGCGACUCUGGCAUUCUCAUUUGUUCGAGGUAAAGAGUGGUUUCCUCUUCAUGCCAAAUGUCCCUAAACCCAUUGAGCACAAAGACAUGGAGAAAGUUUGCAAAACUUAUGGUAAAGUCUAUCAUUUCUGGCAAGUUGAUAGAGGUGAUAAACUUCCACUUGGGAUACCUCAACUUAUGAUGGCUCUUACUAGAGAUGGUCAACUCUAUGAUCACCUUGUACAAGGUUGUGUGGAUCGUAUGGGUGUAGACUUUGAGAAGGAGAGAAAGAACAGGGAGUAUAUGACUGGGCCAAAACAUGGAAUUCAUCCCUUGGCUAAUGGUGCCGGUAAGGGUAUCGAGACAAGACUCAGGGAGGUCGAGCUUAAGCAUGAUUCACCUCCUCCUUCUGCCACCAGGGUCUUUGUUUGAACAUAGAACAUAAACAUUGUGUAAUAGACUUGCUACAAUAAAGAUGCUAGUGUAAUAAUAACCUUUCCUAAUAUAUUAUUAAUAACAAUAAUAAAAGUACUACUAUUAGUGUUAGAA